UAUGGCACCUCUCUGUCAGCAGAAGUUGAUCUUGUAGCGCACAAAAACCUAUAAUAACCGCAACUAUAGCCUUAAAACCAGCCUCUGUGGUACUUCGUUAGCUUCUCUUGUUGCUAAAGUCUUUGGUUAAUGUAGUCAGUGCGAUGGCGUGUCUUUAUAAUUCAGAAAACUUUCACACCAAACACCCACUCACGUCGUGUGUGAGGAUGCUGAUGCUGUUGCUGUGUUGCCAAUCAGCUAGCAUCAGCUACGCCUACGGGCAAGUUGCUGUUAGCCUGCACUAGCUUUAUAUAUAUAUUUGUAUUUUACGAUGGCACUUUGUAUGCGGAAUCCACCUAUAACAAUGUUGUCCUGCAAUUAGCCGGAGACGUCCCCUAUAAAAGUAAACAAAACUCGACGUACCGACAUAUCAAAGUUUUGUGUGGCCAUGGAUCCGACCUGCAGUGCUUCUGCAGCUCCAGCUGGUCUGACUGUCCAGGUGUGUUUCCCUGGUGCUCGUGCUGCCGUUUUAGACAAUCUGAACCGUCAGCGGGAGGAGGGCCGGCUGUGCGACCUCUCCAUCCAGGUGCAAGGUCAAGUGUUCAGGGCCCAUCGUUGUGUGCUCGCUGCAUCAUCGCCUUACUUCCAUGACCAGGUGUUACUGAAGAAUGUUACAACUGUUUCCCUACCCUCAGUUAUGGACCCGGUGGCCUUCGAGAGCGUCCUGAGUUCUGCCUACACAGGCCAGCUGAGCAUUGUGCAUGAUGACAUUGUCAACUACGUCACUGUGGCCAGUUUCCUUCAGAUGUGGCACAUUGUGGACAAAUGCACUGAGAUUUUGAAGAGGCCCCGGCCCCCAGUAGAAGUCACCCCGGGAGAGGCCGCUGCAGCUCACCAGGGCACUGCAUCUCGACAGCAGUCCCCAAGCAGCACUGACUGCUUAAAUCUGGAAAGGGAGGGACGAAGGAGGGAGAGGAAGCCUGAUGUCUUGCCUCCCUUAGCUACAUGGAGACGGCCGCAGCAGUUUCCUAGGUGGGGGCGCCCACGGCCCUCAUCAGCCCAGCACUUAGCGGACACUCAACUCGACACGCUCCCCAACUAUACGGAGAGUGAUUACACCAGCUGUGAGGAGGCAUGGAUAUCAGCCCAUGAAAAAACUGGCCACUUUGCACAUGAUGGACCUGGCCACAAUAGCCGGCACCACGGGGGGUUCGCUAGUGGUGAGACAUUAAAGCAGAAAGUCAGGUUUCAACAGCGGGGAGCACCGCCGAGCGCUGAUAGACUGCUUGAUAAGAACAGAGGGAGCGGGGACAGUGAUGAGACUCCAGAGAAGAGGAAGAAUGAGAAAAGAGAGAUUGAGGCAGAUGAGGGAGUAGGAGAAGAGAUAGUGGAGAAGAAGGAAAGCUUUGCGCAAAUGGGUCAUUGUGCAGACUUCCAGCAGACUGGACAAGCCACAGGGAAGACAAGUGCGGACGUGAUGAAGGAAAAAGUGCAGAGAGAUUUGGUGGAAGGUGAUCACUCCUCAGACGUGCCCAACGUUCAUGCUUGCCAAACAGGUGAAGGACUUCUGGCCCCGUCCUGUCCGGUUUCAGCCCGGCAGCAGUGGCAGUCGGGUUCCUGGUCUCAGCAAGAGCAGAGGCUGCAGGAAGGGAAGGGCAGGAGCUGCAGUAAAGACGAGGAUGAAGAUGAGGAGGAAGAGGAUGUGGACUUUGAAUGUUUCACAGAAGGCACCUUUAGCAGGGACACGUAUGAUGAGAUUGAAGAUGGCACAGGACAGGUUUCCCAGAGGCCUUUAAUGCCUGUGUCUCCAGACUUUACCAUGGCAGGCUCGGAGGUGCACUGGCCCUCCACCAGUGUGGGACAAGGUGGUUCAUUGACCCCCACCUCCAGUCGCCACUUGUCCCCAUCCUCUGCUGCUUUCCCGCCAUCCUCCUCACCCCCAACCCCAUCUUCCUCAUCCUCAGUCUCCCUCGCUGGCGCCCCCUACACAGGAAAAGUCCACUUCUGCCACUGUGGCAAAGCCUACACUCUGAAGAGUAUGCGUGACCGGCACGUGAAGAUGCAGCACCUCAAUCUGCGGCCUUUUGGCUGCCCUGUUUGCACAAAAUCCUUCAAGAUGAAGCACCAUCUAACCAAACACCUUAAAACCCACGGAGGGCUGCGGCCCUACGAGUGUGGCCUGUGUGGGAAGAAAGUCAUUUGGCGAGACAGCUUCCUCAGGCAUCAAGCUCGAUGCGAAAGACUGGCCUCCAGCUCCUCGUCUCACAGCAACAACACAAACACAGCUGCAGCAGAUGUGGAUGACGGCUACAGUUACGGGUUUGACGAAGGGGAAGCUUUUGUUGCGACAGGAGGGCAGGUGAAGGUGGAGGAGGUGGAUUUUCAUGGGGAGAUGGAGGACGGGAUGGGCGGGCUGUUGGGCAGCGUGUCCGGGAUCGUAGAUGAGCUGAGUACUCAGUCACAAAACUUGGACACUGGUAGCCAUGUUUUUAAAGAGGAGGCGAGUGAGAGCUUUAGCAGAAAUUAAAUAUGAAUGUGAAACAGAGGUUUAUGGCACUUAAACUGUAUGUAGAUAAAAUACAUAUAAGAAGGACAAUGAAUAACAUGAUCACUUUAAAAGUCUACGGACACGAAUCACUGAAGGCUUCUUUGAGCAGCUGCUUUUGUUUGGAUCUUUUCAUGUGCUUCUUUCUUUUUGUGUCAUGGGUGUUUUGAAUAAAAAAAAACAAGGAGCAGUCAUACGCUUCAUUCAAGUGAUCCUUUUAAAUUUGUGCAGUGUCAUGUAGACUGAGUUCCCAUUUAGUGAUGCUGUAAAACUGUACAUCUGUAACAAGCAAUGCUGUGAAUGUACUUCUCGAGCCCCAAUAAAGUUAAUUUGCAUUUUGCA